UUAUCCAUGUGUUUUGAGAGACAACAGGGCCGAAGUAUAUGCUUGCCAUGGAUUCCCAUCCUCCUUCCACACUUCCUCCAUUGCUCUACCUCCAUUGAUCUCUUCUGCAACUCUGCAAGCAUUAACAACACAUAGAGCUCCAAUGGCUUCUUCUUCUUCUUUCACUGCUUCAAGGCCUACCUUCCCCUUCCCCCAUCUUCCCCUUCUCCAUCCCACCACCAAACCAUCCAAAGUUUGCAGCUUUCCAGCUCUCAGUAUAAAAAAACCUCACCUUUUGUCUUUCAAACCCACCACCAUCUCCUCCGUUGAUGUCUCCAAAGAAGAUAAACCCCUUUCAGAGCCUGAGUCAUUGGAAAAGGAGAAGGAGAACAAGGAGGAGUUGGAGGAGUUGGAGGAGCAAAGCAGCAACCUUGACCCUCGUCGGUUAGAGGAGAAGUUCGCCGUGCUAAACACCGGCAUCUACGAGUGCCGCUCCUGUGGGUACCGCUACGACGAAGCCGCCGGGGACCCUUCCUACCCUAUCCCCCCUGGAUUCCUGUUCGGAAAGCUCCCUGAAGACUGGCGUUGCCCAACGUGCGGCGCUGCCAAGUCCUUCUUCGAGAGCAAGAGCGUUGAGAUCGCUGGAUUCGCUCAAAACCAACAGUUUGGUCUCGGCACCAAUACUCUCACUUCAGGCCAGAAGGCUUUGCUCAUCUACGGUGGUCUUUUGCUUGGCUUUAUCUUCUUCCUCUCUGGAUAUUUCUUGCAAUAAUGAUGCCAUGCUUGGAUAAAGGUGACAUCUUUGAUGAAUUGUGUUCAUUAUACUUGUAGAUUUUUGCUCUAUUUCUAUUUUUUGUUCCUUUUUGCCUUUAGAUAUCCUGCUACUAUUAUUAUUAUUAUUGUCUAAUGUGAAUAGAUGGUUCAGUGUGAUGCUACAAUUACACAAAAGGUAAAAAGAAAAAUGAAAAAAAGGAGCACCUUUGCUGGUUCUAUCUCAAUGUUCACCAACUGUUGUUAAGAGCUGCAAAAGUUCAAGUUCAUAUUGUUCAAUUAAACAAUUAAUGGGUUUUGAUUUGAUUUUAUCUUUUUCCCAUUGUAUUCUCAUAGCAUUGAUCACAUUUGUUUCUCUGGUUCUGUU